GUCUACUUUUUUUUUAACUCCCUGUCUGCAGAGGUCAUUGAUGGCUUCAAAGCCUGCCCCUGGUCAGAGAAUUCAGCCCAGUUUUAAGAGCUGCCCACAGACAAACCAGGUCACUGUUUGUUUGCAAAGCCUCUGUAUGUCGGUCCAAAGUGCCUGUCCUGGGCUCCUGAAUUUCCAUGUCCACAGUGAAAGUACAUUCUAUGACAAAAAUGCUUUGGAGAACUGCAGAUGGGGAACCCAGAGUACGGGAGGCUUGGUGUUGACCUUCAGUCUGAGAACUCUGGCUCUCCUUCAUGUCCUCCCUCAUUCCUGUCUGGCGUAGGAUGGACAUCAACGAGGGCCUCCCAGCCAUUGACAGCCAUAGAGCUCUCCACAUAUGGAUCAUUGAGAACCUGAGGAUGAUGCCAGUACCCGAGAGGGCUCAUGGGAACUUCUUCGAAGAACACUGUUAUGUCAUCCUCCAUGUCCCCCAGAGCCCAUUGGCCUCACAAGGAAUAUCCAGUGACCUGCACUACUGGAUUGGGAAGGAGGCAGGUGUGGAGGCUCAGGGUGCUGCAGUCACCUUCAUGCAGCGCUUCCGGGAGGCACUAGGUUACCAGACUGUGCAGCAUCGCGAGGUGCAGAACCACGAAUCAGACUGUUUCCACAGCUACUUCCACCCUGGAGUCAUCUACAGGAAGGGAGGCCUACCCUCUGAUCUUAAGCAUGUGGAGACCAGCAUGUACGACCUUCAGCGACUGCUGCACAUCAAAGCGAGAAAGCACAUAUCCGCCACUGAGGUGGAGCUAUCCUGGAAAAGCUUUAAUAAAGGUGACAUCUUCCUGUUGGACCUAGGCAAGGUGAUGAUCCAGUGGAAUGGGCCCAACACAAGCAUUUCUGAGAAGUCACGGGGACUGACCCUGACUUGCAGCCUCCGGGACAAGGAACGUGGAGGUCGUGCACAGAUUGGUGUGGUAGAGGGUGAGGUUGAAGCCCCAGGCCUCAUGCAGAUCAUGGAGGCUAUGCUGGGCCGCAGAGUGGGCAGCCUGCGUGCUGCCAUGCCCAAGAACAGUAUUAACCAGUGGCAGAAGGCUAAUAUCCGUCUCUACCAUGUCUAUGAGAAGGGCAAGGAUCUGGUGCUCCAGGAAUUGACAACCCGCCCACUGACCCAGGACCUACUGCAGGAGGAGGAUUGCUACCUCCUGGACCAGGGUGGCUUCAAGAUCUACAUAUGGCAGGGACACAUGUACAGACUCCAAGAGAAAAAGGCUGCCUUCAGCAGGGCUAUGGGCUUCAUCCAGGCCAAGGGCUACCCGACCCACACCCCCGUGGAGGUGGUGGACGACGGCGCCGAGUCGGCCGCGUUCAAGCAGCUCUUCCAGACGUGGUCCAAUAAGCCGGGCAAGAAAAAUCUCGGCGGUACUGGUGAAUUGACUCAGGUAAAGCUGGAUGUGGGCAAGCUGCACAGUCAGCCUGAGCUAGCGGCCCAGCUCAGGAUGGUGGAUGAAGGUUCCGGGAAGGUGGAGGUGUGGUGCAUCCAGGACUUAUGCAGGCAGCCCAUGGAUCCCAAACAUCACGGACACUUGUGUUCGGACAAAUGUUAUCUCAUCCUCUACACAUACAAGAAGCUGGGCUGCAUACAGUACAUCCUGUACCUAUGGCAGGGCCAACAAGCCACUACAGAUGAGAUCAAGGCCCUGAACUGCCACGCUGAGGAGCUGGACCUCAUGUACCAGGGAGCCCUGGUGCAGGAGUAUGUGACCAUGGGCAGAGAGCCCCCCCACUUCCUUGCCAUAUUUCAGGGCCAGCUGGUGGUCUUCCAGGGGAGCACUGGAAACAAUGAGAGGGGGAAGCCAGCAGCUAGCAUAAGGCUCUUCCACAUACAAGGUACCAACAGCCAAAACACCAAGUCCAUGGAGGUGCCAGCCCGAGCCUCAUCCCUUAACUCCAGUGAUGUCUUCUUGCUGGUCACAGCCAGUGUCUGCUACCUCUGGUUUGGAAAGUGCUGUAACGGGGACCAGCGUGAGAUGGCUCGGAGGAUGGUUACUGUCAUCUCGGAGAAUAACAAGGAAACAGCGCUGGAGGGUCAGGAGCCUCGCAACUUCUGGGAGGCUCUUGGAGGCUGGGCCCCCUACCCCAGCAAUAAGAGGCUCCCCGAGGAGGUCUCUGGCUUCCAGCCACGACUGUUUGAGUGCUCCAGCCAGAUGGGCCACCUCAUCCUCAUGGAAGUGGUGUUCUUUGGCCAAGAAGACUUGGACAAAUAUGACAUCAUGUUACUAGACACCUGGCAGGAGAUCUUCUUAUGGCUGGGGGAGGCUGCAAGUGAGCGGAAAAAGGAGGCAGCAGCCUGGGGCCAGGAGUACCUGAAGACCCAUCCAGCAGGGAGAAGCCUGGCCACACCCAUUGUGCUGGUCAAGCAGGGCCAUGAACCUUCCACUUUCACUGGAUGGUUUUUCACUUGGGACCCCUAUAAGUGGACAAACAACCAGUCCUAUGAGGAGGUGGUACAGGGCAGCCUGACAGCAGGGUCUGCCAUCUCCGAGGCAACAGCAGAAGUCAACAACUUCCAGCUCUCCAGAUCACUGAGUGAUAGCAGGGCAGGUCCCUCAGCCCUGCUGACCCUCAAAGGCUUCCAGAACAGCUCAGAGAAUGAACUGGAGCUGGGUCCCAAAGCUAGUGACAGAAGUGCCAGCCCCAGCCCCAGCAGCUGUGCAGGCUCAGCAACCAGUGGGAGCCUGCCUCAUGAACAGCUAAUGCACCAGGCUCCUGAGGACCUGCCACAGGGUGUGGACCCCACCCGCAAGGAGUUCUAUCUCUCAGAUUCUGACUUCCAAGACAUCUUUGGGAAAUCCAAGGAGGAGUUCUACAGCAUGGCCAAGUGGAAGCAGCAGCAGGAGAAAAAGAAGCUGGGUUUCUUCUGAGCCCUGGGAGACCCUGCUUAUCCCCUCCCUGGGACCCCUCCCCCUUCUCAAUAAAAUCUGGUGGCCUGCACCAAGCGUGACACAUGUGCUUCAAGCCAGAUCAUGGGCAGGGCUCUGUGAUACUCCAGGUGUGCUGUCCUCUAUACAGGGGUUCACAUCUUA